AAGGGCUGUUAUUUUAUAUCCUGGCUAUAUAAACUCACUCUUUGUGUAUUAUAGGUUCAUUUUCCCUUAAGAUCCGGGAAGGGAAAGAUGACUUUUCUCCUAACUUGGGGUGAGACAGUACCGACGUGUCACUCGGUGGGAAAAUAGGAAGUCACUAUCAUCCAGACAACAUAAGUGCAGAAGACUUCAACUUGUGCUGUCCUUGGAAGAAUACUCGUGGUUACACCGGAACUUGUUUAAAAUCUGUAUUAGGAAUAUCCUGGACAUCCGUACUGUGGGCUCCGUUCACAGAAGAACUCGAAAACUAGCAAGUUGACUGAGACCUGAUCCUCCAGAAGCUGGACCGUAUAGUCUUACCCACUACAAGGAGAACACAAGGCAAAAAUACAGCAGUCUGGCAUUGCUGAGUGGGCAGAGCUUGUGCAAAUUCUGCAUUUACUGGGGAGCCUGGCACUAUAAAAACACUAAAGGGUGGCUUGUCCCUGAAAUUCACUUUGGAUCUGUUCACUUCAGAGUAAGGAUCACUGACAGCAGCAAAAAUGACCACACAGCAGAUGGAACAAAUCGGACAGUGGAAAAUCACUAUUUGGGAGGAGGAGAACUUCCAAGGAAAACGUUGUGAGUUCAUGAUGGAGUGUCAAAACAUCUUGGAGAGAGGAUUUCACAAGAUUCGCUCUGUCAAGGUGGAGAACGGCCCCUGGGUAGGAUAUGAAUAUCCUGAGUACCUGGGCCAACAGUUCAUUCUGGAGAAAGGUGACUAUCCUCGCUGGGAGGCCUGGAGUGGGAACAGUGGUUACAGGACUGAACACAUGCUGUCUUUCCGACCAAUCAGCUGUGCAAACCACAAUGACAGCAAAGUGACUCUGUAUGACUGUGAGGAUUUCCAAGGUCGCAAGUUUGAAAUAUGUGACGAUUACCCUUCUCUGCAAGCCAUGGGGUGGUGCAGCAAGGAGGUUCCUUCCAUUAAAGUCAACUCUGGGUCUUGGGUAGCUUACCAGUACCCAGGAUACCGUGGAUACCAGUACAUCCUGGAGAGAGACAGACACAAUGGAGAGUACAGAAACUACAAUGAGUACAGCACCCAGGCUCACACCAACCAAAUCCAAUCAAUUCGCAGAAUCCAGCACUAAAUCCAACUCACACUGCUCCUGACAACAAUUGUGUAUUUACAAUGGCACGAAGUGUACUACAAUAGGAAAUAAAAGCAUUAUUCAAACU